AUGGAGAAACCAGAACUCUGCUUCCCACAACUCGUUAACUCUUCGUGCAGCAGACUCAAGCUGCCGUACGUGGAGCUUCUGCUCUAUUACAGCGUGCUUUCUGUCAUGUCAGCGUUAACCACUGUUCUCAACCUGCUCGUCAUCAUCUCUGUCUCACAUUUCAGACAGCUGCACACUCCCACCAACAUCCUCCUCCUUUCUCUGGCCGUCUCAGACUUUUUUGUCGGCCUGCUGCAGGUUUUUCAAAUCGCACUGAUCGAUGGCUGUUGGUUUCUCGGUGACAUCGUGUGUACUCUUUAUCAGUACUUGGCAUAUUUUAUCACCUCUGCAUCAGUAGGAACCAUGGUGCUCAUAUCUAUUGACCGUUACGUUGCUAUUUGUUACCCUCUGUAUUACUCCAGCAGAGUCACGCAGGACAAAGUGAUGAUCUGCGUCUGUCUUUGUUGGAUCUGCUCCUCUUUAUUUCAAAGUCUGAUUCUAAAGGACAAUUUGAAAGAACCAGGCAGAUAUUACUCCUGUGUUGGAGAGUGUGUCUUUGCCUCCAGCUACUUUGCAGGAUUAGCUGAUCUGAUGUUUUCCUUUAUUGUCCCCAUCACUGUGAUCGUAAUGUUGUAUCUCCGAGUGUUUGCGGUGGUCGUGUCUCAGUCUCGAGCGAUGCGCUCUCACGGUGCAGACUUUGCUCUUCAAAGUUCAGUAAAGUCUAAAAACUCUCAAACGAAAGCAGCAAAGACUCUCGGAGUUGUCGUGGUUGCGUUUUUAUUGUGCAUGUGCCCAUAUUAUUGUGUUGCUCUCACAAGUGAAGACAACACUCCUUUAGCAACAUUUGUAGUAUGCUUGUUUUAUUUUAACUCCUGUCUCAAUCCAAUUAUCUACGUCUUUUUUUACCCCUGGUUCAGGAAGUCAAUCCGGCUCAUUUCUACACUUCAGAUCCUGCAGGCCCACUCCUGUGACACCAACCUGUUGUAG